GUAGUUUUCAGGUAUGGCAAACCUACCGAGCAGUAGUGGAAUGUUCUCUCGACUACUGGCCAACGUUUUCAACACCACAGUUGCUUCAAGAUGCAGUGCUUCGGGCAGAUGGUGGCCACAACCAGAUCGCCGCUUCACCACGAAAUCGGACGAAAAAUCAUCCCUUGAGCCCAAGAACACAAACGAAACUGAUGUCAUUAUCACUCAACAAGGUGUUAAACUAUCAAAAUCUAAUGCUGCUCCAGUUUAUUAUAAACCAAAAUCAACGGGUCCAGGUUAUGAGCUCGUGGAGCACAAGAAAGGAGAAAUGAUCGCAAACUAUACUCUCUUCGAAGCUGCAAUCAACAAAUCUAAAGUUCCAUGGGUGAACUACGAUGGACUCACAAGUGAAGAAAGAACUAUUCAUAUGGCACAUACGAGAGCCAUUAAUGACAGAAAACUCACUUAUAUCGAUCCAAAAACUGGAUAUUCUGUGUUCACAAUUUCCCAUCAUUUGCAAAAAGGAAAGUGUUGUGGAAACGGAUGCCGGCAUUGUGCAUACGAAAUGAUUAACGCAUCAGAUGAAAUACGAUCACAAAAAGUGUGGAAUGGAGCAUUUUAUGUUUGACUGUUGAUUAGUUGAUUAGCUAUUUUAGUUUUUAUUAAAAUAAAAUUUGCUUUCUG